AUGGCUGCGAAGCGACACCGGCAGUCUAGCAGUGAUUCUACGUCCUCAUCGGCCUCGUCGUCGCCGUCAGAGCUGUCGCCCUUGAAGAAGGCGGGUAGCGGCCAGCGAGUCAAGGCAGAGGUUGCGGUAGGGCCCACCACGACGGUCGCCACGUCUGCCACUGUUCUGGCUGCAGGUGGAGCCAAGAAGAAGGCGGCUGGCAGCCCCGCACGUCGCACGAGCAGCACACCGAAGAUCACGAACGGUGAUGUCGGUAAGCUCAUCCGCACUGCUGAGGCCCUCGCUGCCCUCAACACAAAGAAGUCCGAGGCGGAGAUCUGGUCUAACGUGGUGCCGUUCGCACGCAAGACGGCCGACAGCGACUUCGACCCAGCGCACAUGUACAAGUUCAUUACGUGGAACGUAGCGGGCCUGCGCGGAUUGCUGAAGAAGAAUGCCUCGGUGCUGAGAGAGUUCAUUGAGGCCGAGAAGCCGGAUGUUCUGUGCUUGCAGGAGACAAAGCUGAACACUGACGAGGCGGACGCUAAUGCGGUCCUCGGCGUGGUGGACGGCUACACUUUUGUCGAUCACCCGUGCGCCUUCAAGCGGGGCUACUCGGGAACUCGCACCUACAUGAAAAACAGCACCUUUGUGCAACAGCUUCACGCGCGGUGCACUCGUGGCUUCAUACUGCCGUCCACACCACAGGCAGAUGCAGCCACCGGCUCACCGGUGCUGGUAGAGGGUGCUGGCGAUGAGGAGGGCCGUGUGCUGACUACAUUCCUCUCUUCUGAUUCGACCUCCUCAUCGCCCUCGUUGCGGAUUGCCCUCGUCAACACGUACGUGGCAAACAGUGGCAUGGGGUUGGCACGACUGCCCUACCGCAUUCAGUCCUUUGAUCCAAACAUGCGGGAGUACCUUCACCAGCUGGACGUCUGGGCUACCCCCAAUGCUGCCGUCCCGUCGGUGGCGGCGGGCAGCGGCGGCAGCCCGUACGGCUUUAUCUGGGCCGGCGACCUCAACGUGGCGGAGCGUGACUACGACCGCUACUACGCCGGCACAUUCAAGUCGAUGCAGGAGAGCAGUGGCUUUGCACCCGAGGAGCGGAUGUCGUUUCGCGAGACAAUGCGGCGGACAAGCUCAGUUGACGUGUUCCGCCAGCUCUACCCCCAGGCCGGCCCGGUGUACUCCUUCUGGUCACAGCGCAUCAACGGCCGUCUGAGAAACUUGGGGUGGCGCCUGGACUACUUCAUUGUCUCCUCGCGACUCGCAUUGUACGUCGUGGACUGCUUCCCGAUGCCGACAGUGAUGGGCAGUGAUCACUGUCCGUUUCAGAUGUGGAUGCGGCGCCCAUGA